AUGAAGCCUAUAGGUUUUACUCAAAACAAGGAUUCAAACAGUGCUAAAACAAGGAAUAACAUGUAUGUGCAAAGACCAGUUGCAGUCAAUAGACCUAAAUAUCUUGGAAUAAAUAAACAUGAAUAUUUGGCAUGUUUAAAGAAGCAAAUAUCCAAUGGCUCCAAGCUGAAUGAGAAGACGAAGAUCGGUUCGGGCGAAGUGUUGAAAUCUGAAUUCUACUUGAGCAGGAGUACAAAACAGAAAACAGAGGUUCCAAAGAAGAAGGAAAGUUAUAGUAUGACUGGUGAUAUAUUGCAGAAGAAGUUGAGGAUCUUUAAAAUCAUUUACGACGAUAUGGUGAAUCAAGGUAAAAGUUCUACGAGGAAUUAUUGGCAGAUUAGAUCCAGAGCUGCAAAAGAUGUAGAAAAGAAAUUUGGGAGGUGUUCCCCAAAAGUUGGUGCUAUUCCAGGUGUAAAAAUAGGCGACAAGUUCAAUUUUAGGGUUGAACUUGCCCUUGUAGGACUUCACAUGCCACCACGAUCAGGCAUAGACACCAAUUUUAGUGUUUCCUCAUCAAAUCCUAAUGAACAUAGGGUUUGUACCUCUAUAGUUGUCUCUGAUAGAUUUUACGAGAAUGACAUGAAAAACCCGGAUUAUCUUAUAUAUUCUGGACAUGGAGGAAUAGGAAUGAGAACAAGAACAGGAACAGGAACGAAGGUAGGUGAGGAUCAAAAGCUAGUUGGUGGGAACUUAGCUUUGAUGAAUAGUAAAAGGCGUAAAAAUGAAGUGAGGGUGAUUCGAACUAGAAAGGAAAAUGGAAGACUGGUUUAUGUCUAUGAUGGAUUAUAUGUAGUUGAGACUUCUUAUAAAGUUAGAGGGAGUUCUGGGAAUCUAAUUUUCAAAUUUGGAUUGAAAAGGAUCCACUGA